CACUGUCAUCACAGAGAGCUUCAGACAACUUGCUGCACACUUCCUCUCCCUUUUUGUCGGCUCUGCUCCACAAGUGGGUGUUCAAGAAUGAUGCGGCCAAAAGAUUUACGCCAGGGCUCAGGCACCAAGACCUUUCUGGAUGCCAUGCAUGGUGGUAAAGUCCACCUUGCACGCUUCAUCCUGGAUGCCUUGGACGGGCGCAUCAUCAACUCAAAGACUGAAAACAGCCGCACACCACUCAUGUACGCUGUAUGCCUGCAUGACUCCGGAACCAGGACCAAGUUUACACGGCUGCUUCUAGAGAAAGGAGCAAAUGUCAACUGCCAGGAUGAGGAUGGCCGCACAGCCCUCAGCCACGCCUGUGAGAUGGGUCACCUAGAUGUUGUCAAACUUCUUGUGCAGUUCAAUGCUGAUCCAGAAGUCUCCGAUACCUGGGGGAACAGCGCUCUCAUGUAUGCUGCCUUUUCUGGACACAGCCAGGUUCUUGAGUUCCUUGUCAGGGCUUUUAAAAGACUGGGGCUGAGACUGGACAGGACCAACAAUGCUGGACACUCAGCCAUAGAGGUGGCAAACUUCUUUGGACACAACCAGUGUGCCCAGAUUUUAAACUUCCCUUGCAGGAAAGUUGGCAAAGAUGAUCCACUUGCUGAAAUGGGAGCCACGGUUGAAGGAGAGUGCCGCCUGCCCAACAGGCUCCCCAGGCAUGUUCUGGAGAGGUUCUCCAAGCAGCUUACAAAUGAAGACCGACUGCCAGGCGUGUUUCAGAAACAACUGAAAAUUGGAGACAGCAAUGGACUGUGGAACCGUUUUAGAUGUCACCGGAGCCUGUCUCAAGAGGACAAUCAUCGCCACAGCUGGGCUCUGCCGCCACAGCUAGAGAAAGGCCAGAUUGAGGGGGAUCACAGCAGUCUCUUUACUACCAAACAACUGCAAAACUGCCAGCUUACAGAGCUGAAGGGGGCAAAAUUCCUGAACUCGCUUUCUGAGCCAAGGCAGAAAGAUGUCAGCCAAGACUCUAGACUUCCACAGCAAAUGCCAGAGAGUUUCCCUCUCAGGGGAAAGGCAAAGUCAUUUAACCUGGACCUUCUGAGCAGCAGAAAGCAGUCCUAUCAGGGUGACGUGCACGACAUGAGCCUGUCAGCCAGCAAAUUAAAGAGAGCCUCGCUACAAGAUGAACGAUGCCUGAUAGACAAGGAAUGUCAAGGGAACACCCUGGGCCUGACAAACGAUGGCAACAAAAUUGUCACAGUGCCAAAAUCUCUUUUAAACAGCAAGGGUCAGCCAGUGAAAGCACUCCAGGAGAGUGUCAAAUCACACAAUGAAGAGGCCAGUGACACAACUCCGUUAGGCAAACGAGAGCAACAGAAGAGGGGAAGUCUUGGCUCGACUACAAGACAUAAACUACUCUUUGCCAGAGGAGAGAUGGAGUCAGAGAAGAUCCCCAGCCAUGGCCCAGGGUUCAUGGGCCUGGGGACCAGACUCCUGCGUCGAUUCACUGCACCAGAGUUUAUGAGGAUGGUGAUAGACUGUUCAUCUGGCUCCUCAAAUGGAAGGGGUCGGAUGUCCCGCUCUGAAACCUUCCCUCUUUCACACACACACCAACAGGUCAACAGUCAGCCGAGUAUUGACAGUAUCAGCGCUGUGAAGUGUGAGUUUGAAAGCUACUCAUCACAGUCCAACCUUGAUUAGAUAAAGGAUGAUAUCGGAUAACAAACAUGUAUGUUCAUGUUGUUUAUACACCUGGAAUUCUAACAAUCCAGUUUCAUUGCUUGGUCAUCUAGCUUACAUACCAAGUAGACUUUUUUUUGCUUUUGUGGCUGUUUGUUUUUUUUCAGCAUUUAUUGGUAAAAAUAAACAGGUUUAAGGUUAAUUUCUCAUUUACAUAAAGCUGCAUAGAGUUUUGCUUUGUUACAUUUAAAAUAAUGUAUAAAUUAACCUUGUAUUAGUCUGUGAGAUUCUAUAACUUAAUUUUUUUCACACAUAUUUAUAUCAAAUGGCAUUGAAUGUAGUUAAUAGUGCUUAUGUGUUUUUAAGAAGAAUUGCAUUUUGCUUAAAUAUAUAAAUCUUUUGUGCAUUCAUGCUGAACACGAUAUAUACAAUAAAACACCAUUAACUUCACCUUGUGAGUGAAA